CUGGGUCUCUAAUUCAAAAACAGCCUGAACAUUUGAAGAAAAGAACAACAAAGUUUGGGAACAUGGCGUCCCAAGUGAGACUGUGGCUGCUGCCAAGGGCGCGCUGUUUGUUUGACGAGCCGGUCCAGGUGAAGGUGGCAGGGCUGAGGUCCAGGCAGGUGGUCACGAUGAGAGCCAGAUCUAUCGAUCAGAAGAACAUGGUGUUCGGCUCCGAGGCCACCUACCGGGCAGACGAGAGAGGCGAGAUCGACCUGAGCAGAGACCCCUCGCUCAGUGGGAGCUACGUCGGGGUGGAGCCCAUGGGCCUGCUGUGGUCCAUGAGGCCAGAGAUCCCGCACAGGAGGUUUCAAAAAGCUAAUUCGCAGCAACCCCAUGUGGUGAAGUUCUCUGUGCACGAGGAAGGGGAGGGCAAGAUGCUAGCAGAGGCGACCAAUGAGAGGCUUUUGAUGAAAGACGGGGUCAGCCGAGUCCCUGUCACAGAAGGGAAUAUUCGAGGAGUAUUGUUCAUUCCUCCAGGGCGUGGUCCUUUCCCUGCUUUGCUGGAUCUGUACACUCUGGGAGGAGGUGUGGCGGAGAAAAGAUCCGCUCUUCUUGCCAGCCGAGGCUUUGUAGUUCUGACAGUUUCGCUUUACGGCCGCAGUGACAUUUCAAAUGAAACCAGGAAUAUCCAUUUAGAUUAUUUUGAAGAGGCGAUAAAGUUUUUAAGAGCACAAAACAAGGUGGGCGGUAAAGGAGUUGGAGUAAUAUCACUUUCCAAAAGUGGAGAUCUGGCACUUUCAGUCGCCUCCUUUCUGCCGGGUGUUGAGGCCACAGUGUGGAUCAACGGCUGCUCUGCCAACACAGCGUUCCCCCUCUUCUAUAAGGAAAAACAAAUCCUCCCCCCAUUAAAUGCUGAUCUGGCAAAAGCUGAAGUCACCGAGUCAGGGGCCUACAUGUGUAAACGGUGUCUGACCAGGUCUUCAACUGAGGAGAACAAGGACACUUUGGUCCCCAUUGAACAAGCCAAGGGACAUUUUCUCUUUGUGGCCUCUGAGGACGACCUGAACUGGGACAGCAAGGGCUUCAUGGAGCAGAUGGUGGAGAGACUGAAGCAUCAUUGGAAGGAGAACUUUGAGAGUGUGUGUUACCCUGGAGCCGGGCAUUACCUAGAGCCACCUUACGGACCCUACUGCCCCUCCAGCAUACACUCACUCAUAGGCAAGCCAGUGCUGUGGGGCGGUGAGCCCGGGUCCCACUCGGCAGCUGAGAUCCACCUGUGGAUGAAGAUCCAGGAGUUCUUCAGGACUCACCUGAGAUGUGACGGUCCACCAGCUGAAGCAAAGCUGUAG